GAUGGCCCAUCAGUGGUGUCCCAGUGGCCCAUCAGUGGUGUCCCAAUGGCCCAUCAGUGGUGUCCCAGAGCGGAGAACCUUCACCCUUUACUGGAGCUUCCAGUUGGACCUGUCUUUCUCCCAGCUGCCUCUGCUGUCCUGCUAAAAUCUGCAGUGCUGUGUAGGACAAAUGUCUGUACUGCUCCUUCUACAGCAACGGUGCAGGAUGAGGAAGAAUCUGCCUGGUCAUAGCAUUCUGCCUUCUGCUACUGCAGGAAGAAACUGAAGUGCGAAAGACGUGACUGAAAAAGAACAAUUGGAAGGAACAGAUUCAUUUCUUAACAAGAUCAAGUUUGAAUUAAAUGGCUGAUAAACAGAUCAGUUUACCUGCCAAGCUGAUCAAUGGAGGGAUAGCUGGGCUGAUCGGGGUCACCUGUGUAUUUCCAAUUGACCUGGCAAAAACUCGCCUGCAGAACCAGCAGAAUGGUCAACGAAUGUACACCAGCCUGUCUGACUGCCUCAUUAAAACAAUUCGGUCGGAAGGCUACUUUGGCAUGUACAGAGGGGCUGCAGUGAACCUGACUCUAGUGACACCAGAAAAGGCUAUCAAAUUGGCAGCCAAUGACUUCUUCCGGCAUCACCUCUCCAAAGACGGGAAAAAGCUGACACUGCUGAGGGAGAUGCUGGCAGGCUGUGGUGCGGGUACCUGCCAGGUGAUUGUCACCACUCCCAUGGAGAUGCUCAAAAUCCAGCUGCAGGACGCAGGACGCAUUGCGGCACAGAAGAAGCUCAUGGCGGCGCAGGCCCAGCUCUCCUCCUCCCGUGCGGCGGCGGCCGAGCCGGCUGUGGAAAGGCGCCCCACAGCAACCCAGAUAACCAGGGAGCUGCUGCGGAGCAAAGGCAUCGCAGGACUCUACAAGGGCCUGGGAGCCACGCUGCUAAGGGAUGUCCCAUUCUCCAUUGUUUACUUCCCGCUGUUUGCAAACCUGAACAAGCUGGGCCAAAAAGACCCCAAUGUCAAGGCUCCAUUCUACGUGUCCUUCCUCUCUGGAUGUGUGGCCGGCAGUACGGCUGCAGUGGCUGUCAAUCCUUGUGAUGUGAUCAAAACACGGCUGCAGUCCUUGCAGAGAGGAGUGAAUGAGGACACCUACUUGGGGAUCCUGGACUGCACCAAGAAGAUCUGGCAGAAGGAAGGGCCCACGGCCUUCUUCAAAGGGGCCUACUGCCGAGCCCUGGUCAUUGCUCCUCUCUUCGGCAUUGCACAAGUUGUCUACUUCGUCGGCAUUGCGGAAUUCCUGCUGGACAUGCUCCCCAAGCACCAGGCCUAGCCCUGGAGUGGCUGCGUGUGCCCUCCCACCCUCUGCAGCACUGGAUUCAUCCCCGUGUUCACCAUCCGUGUCGAUCGAUGUCAGAGCAACAGCACAAAGGGUUCACGCAGGGACGUGAAGGGACCUGGUGCCCAGAUGGGUAGACGUGGGGAGGGAGAGUCCUUUCUCUGCCGACGUCUGGAACCUGCCCCCUCCCGCUCCUUCCAUGGACAAUACUUAAUUAUUCCUCUCUCUAUCUCUUUCCUUUUAAUUUCCCUUUUUUUUGGUUUUAAAUUGUCAUUCUUAAGGACACUGGUAAGCACAGACUGGGCUUGUGGACCCAGAAGUCUCCUCUCAGUCUUGGGGAGGAGGAGAGAUGGGAAAGAAGUAACUUCAACCCUCAUCCACCUCAGUUUCCCUUUCUACCUGGAGCUGCCAGCCAUCUGAGGAGGAGCUGGAGGGGCAGCUGUGUCCCCUCAGUACCUCCUUGGCUCUGCUGACCUCGGGUCAAGAGUGAAAGCUGCACAAAGGGGACUUAUCUCAUUGCUGCUGGAGGCAGGGAUGGGGGGAUGCUGGCUCUGGCAAGUUCCUUAGCCUGGAAACCUUCAGUCCUUCCUUCUCCCUUUUUAAAAACUAGUUGGACUUAAAUGAAUUCUGACUGUUCCUAUUGAUUUUGUAAUUAUUUUUGUUUUAAAGCAAAGGGAUGUCCCUCCUAACUAGGUGUCACAGGCACAUCUGGGUGAGGUGCAGAAAUAAGGUGUCUGUUCUGUAGGGAACAUGUCUGUGGGAUCACAUGAAUGUCCAAAGGUAUUCCCUGCUUGGCUACAGGCACGGAACAGAGAGGAACUUGGGAUCAAGUUAUUUUUGUUUUGGGGUGAGUUUUUCUUGGUUUUUUUGGGGGGGGUUGUUUUUGUUUUAUUAGUUUGUUGGGGGGUGUUGGUUUUUUGGGGUUUUUUGGGUUUUUUUGUGGGGAUUUUCUUUAGUUCUAUUUUUUUGUUUGUUUGUUUGUUUGGGUUUUUUUGGUUUUUUUUUUUGUUUGUUUUUUUAUUCAGGGUUGUGGGGAGGAAAAACCAAACAAAAAGAACCCAUUUACAUUCCUUCAGCCUGCCCACCCCUAGAGUGAUGAAGCUGUGGCUGCAGGUGUAGAUCAGCUGAUCUGAUUUUUUCCCAGCCUGAUCCCAGGUGUAUGGAAGGAGGCACUGGCUCCAGUUCUGUCACUGCCCAACCUCGUGGAUCUGCAGCAGAAAUGCUGCACCUGUGGGCUCACCCUGCCAGGUGAGAACACAAGGUCUGGUUGUGUUCUGAUGUUUGCCUUAGGUGUGACUUGAACCAGUGGGUGUGGAAGAGGCAGAGGGUUCACAUUCUCUGAGCAGGGAGCUGUCUGUGUGUCCAUCACUUGAGGGGGUGAGUCCUGUGCAUCACAAGAAAAUCCUGUUUGCUCCCUGGGUGGGGAUCGGUGGUGGGUGGCAGGGGGCAAAUCCACACCUACAACCUGCUCUGUCAAAGGGACACUGUCCCAGCUAAUAUCACUUGUCAGAGGAAUUCCUCAUUCAGUAUUAUCUUGGGCUGUGUAAUUAAUUCUAGUUUAAAUGAUCUUAAGUGUGAGAUCUGCCAACCCAGUGUGAUCUUCUCCGUUAUUUAUUCCAUUUGGUGCGAUCCACCCAACUUUGGUCUUGAAAUUAAACUGGUUGAAUUCACUUUUCAUUCCUUCUUUUUGCUUUAUUCUCCAGGCGCCUGCCUGGUGUUUGUGUUUUGAAUGUGUAUUUAAAUUAAAUUUUAAAAUAUCCUUGUUUUUAAUGUUUAAAAGAAAACCACCUCUGUUUCACUGUUCUUUGGUUAGGUUUUCAUGAAACCUGUAUGUUGAGGGCCUUCUUCCUUGAUGCAUCCUUUUUCUCUUUGAAAGAGUUGUUCUGUGGCUGAUUUGUUACUUGUCACUUUGCAUAUGUGAAUAAUUUUCUUUUCUUUUUUCUUAAUGACUUCUCCAUGUAUCUGGAAAGGAAUCUGUGCAAAGGCAAUGAUAGAUGUCUGUGCUGUGUGUAGUGCUGUGAUGCUGCUCUUGCUCUGGAUUUCCCUUGGGUGGAUUAAAAAAGAAAGGUUUAUUUUAA